AGAGAUGUGGUGAAAAGAAGGGCCACACAUAACAGUAACUGAUUCUAUAUAUCCGUUACAACUCUUUCUUUGAUCAAAGACAUAACGUUAUUGCAUUGGUAGCAACUUUAAUGGAGAAUGCGGCGGCGCCGGCGAGCGACGAGGUGAACUGCGAGACGAGCAUGUUCGUGCAGAGAGGCGAAGUGGGUGUGGAUGAAGGAGAGGGAGAGGAACCCAUCAUCAUGAUCACUGUCUCCCAUGGUUCUUCCCAACACCACCUCUAUCUCCUUCCUCAUUUCACUUUCUGGGACGUUAAGAAACUGCUUGCGACCAAAAUUGGUUUACUGCCUGAAGAGCAACGACUCUUCUUCAGAGGGAAAGAGAAGUACAAUGAAGAGCAUUUGAAUAUGGAAGGUGUGAAGGACAAGUCAAAGCUGUUGCUUUUGGAAGAUGCUGCUAGCAAAGAAAGGAAACUUGAGAAAAUUAGGGUACACAAUGAAAUGUUAAAAGCUUUUGAAGCUAUUGCUGCAGUCAGAGCAGAGGUGGAUGAGCUCUGUGAGAUGGUGUCUGCCUUGGAGGUAGCUGUUGAUGGAGGGACCAAGGUUUCAGACAAAGAGUUUGUUGUGUCCACAGAGUUGCUUAUGAGGAACUUGUUGAAACUGGAUGGUAUUGUAGCUGAAGGUGAAACAAAGUUGCAGAGAAAAGCCGAGGUGCGUCGUGUGCAGAACUUUGUGGAUAAGUUAGAUUCUCUAAAGGCAAUAAACUCCAGAAAUUUGUAGAUUCUCUGAAGGCAAGAAACGCCAACCAUUAUAGCAACAUUGCUAAAACUUUCUCUGUAACAACUUAAUGGGAGACCUUUGGAAUCAACCAAAACUUCAUCUUCUACAAAUGUAACUCAAGAUUGGGAGCAGUUUGCUUAUGUAUUACAGUAAAUUACAAAAGCAUGUACAACAUCCUAUUUUUGGAUCUUAACUCUGAAAAUAUUCAUUAACCUUACAUGUACAUCAAAGACUCAUUCAC